UGUUUCUAGUAUUUUUCUUACGUUUUCUUUGUAGAAUUAAAGAAAGCGAGUAAACGCAUGAGCUGCCAUAAACGGUAUAAAAUCCAAAAAAAGGUACGGGAGCACCAUCGAAAAUUGAGGAAGGAGGCAAAAAAACGGGGUCACAAGAAGUCCCGGAAAGAUCCAGGAGUUCCCAACAGUGCUCCCUUUAAGGAGGCUCUACUUCGGGAGGCUGAGCUAAGAAAGCAGCAGCUUGAAGAACUAAAACAGCAGCAGAAACUUGACAGACAGAAGGAACAGGAAAAGAAAAGGAAACUAGAAGCUAGUCCUGAUGUUGAGCCUUCUCAUGGGGAAUCCGUGGCAGAGGACUUUGGACAAGGCAAAGCAAAGAAAGCCAAGUUGACCAAACAGAAUCCAAAGAAAUUAUAUUGUCAGGAACUUAAAAAGGUGAUCGAAGCUGCAGAUGUUGUGCUUGAGGUGCUGGAUGCCAGAGACCCUCUGGGUUGCAGGUGUCCCCAGGUAGAAGAGGCCAUUGUCCAGGGGGCACAGAAGAAGCUGGUACUUGUGUUAAAUAAAUCAGAUCUGGUUCCAAAGGAGAAUCUGGAAAACUGGCUGCAUUGUUUGGAGAGAGAAUUGCCGACUGUGGUCUUCAGAGCCGCCACCCACGUGAGGGACAAAGGGAAGCCAAUGAAGGUCAAGAAGAAGGCCGCCCCGUACAGAAGUGAGGUCUGCUUUGGGAAAGAGGGCCUCCUGAAGCUGCUGCGGGGGCUGCAGGAGACUUGUGGCAAAGCCGUCUGCGUUGGCGUCGUUGGUUUCCCAAACGUGGGUAAAAGCAGUGUUAUUAAUAGCUUAAAACAGGAGCGGAUCUGCACGGUUGGUGUGUCUAUGGGACUGACGCGGAAUGCGCAGGCUGUCCCUCUGGACAAACAGAUCACCCUCCUAGACAGCCCCAGCAUCAUCGUGUCUCCCAUGAACCCAGCCGCCGCUCUAGCCAUGAGAAGUCCAGUGAGCAUUGAGGUGUUAAAGCCAGUGGAGGCUGCCAGUGCCAUCCUAGGCCAGGCAGAUGCUCGACAGGUCGUGCUGAAAUACACUGUCCCCGACUACACUAGUCCUCUGGAAUUUUUCACUUUGCUUGCGCGGAGGCGAGGGCUGCACCAAAAAGGUGGCAGCCCAAACGUGGAAAGUGCUGCCAAGCUGCUGUGGUCAGAGUGGACAGGGGCUUUGUGCUACUAUAGCCAGCCCCCAGCGUCCUGGGCCUGCCCUCCCCACUUGGCCGAGCAGACAGUGGCAUCUAUGAAACUGGGCUUCGAUGAGGAAGAGCUGCGCAGGAACAACGCGCACAGCAUUCAAGCCAUCAGAGGAUCUCGCCUGGCCACUAGCCUCUUUUUCCAGUCCUGGGGUCUGACCAACGGGAUCACGGAGGAAAAGGACAUACCCGAGCAUCUGCCAAGACAGAUUGUGACGGAGGAGGACAAGGACGACCUUGACGGCCACCAAGAGGGUGUUGACGGUGAAGAAGCCCAAGUGAGUGCACCAGUAUCCCGCUCAGAGGCCUGUGCUGUCCUCCCACUGACUCCAUGGCAUGUGGCAGACACGGGCCGCUGACAGCUACCCAGCACCUGUCUCUGUCUUCACAGGAAGAGUGCCCAGCUGCAUGUCCUGCAGGAGGAGGGGCACUGGCCACGGAGCCUCCAGCAGGUGGACACUCCAAUACGGGUGGGCAGGUUGGUGACCGAGCAGCACAGCCACUCAACUCGGAUAAGCCGACAGGAGGGGAAGACGGCGACUAUGACUUCAGCACGGACUACGUGUGAUCCAGCCUUGGCGUGGCCUUUGCCCUCUAGGGGCGUCUCUUAGCUAAACACUUGACACUGUAGCCGUGCAUCCGUGUGCAAUAGCUGUAAAUGUUGUAAGUAUGUGAUACGUCAUUAAAAUUGGAUUCCAAAGCUCA